GGGGAGGGAAGGGAAGUGGGGAGACGAGGAAUUGUUGUAGUUGUUGACGACGUCGUUGGACGAAGGAGGAGGAGGAGCUGAGCUUUUCCCUCGAGGUCGAGGAGAGCCCGAGCGAGCGGAAGUGCGAGUAGAGUGCGAGCGGAAGCGGAAGAGGGGAGAGGGAAGUGCGAGUGCUGCAGGCAGGUGCGAGAGAGCAGGACGAGCUCCUGGCAAGACCUAAAAAGCAGGAACCCUAGAGGCCAACGCGGACGGUAGAGGAAUAGGUGGAAAUUGGAGUAGUAGCAGGAGCAGGAGCAGGAUUGGUGGCCUGGCGUGGCGGGGCAGCGAGAUGAGAUGGGGGAAUUGAAGGGCGAAUUUUGGGAGCGUUGGCAGAGUGCGCCCGGAGGCCGCAAUGGGGCUGCGAGGCGUCAGGUGGGCACUGGAAUUUUGACCGGACAGGGCACGAGGAGAUGAGAAAGCAGCAGCGAUGGGAUGAAGUGAGCGUUCCAGGAGCAGGGGCGAUUCCUUCAGUGAGGCUGGGGUUCGAUUAUGGUUGGUCGCUGUUGAGCAGAGUAUGAGUUCUUCGCGGAAUUCUUGGGAGCCACAUGGACGAGGGCAACCGGAGUGAUGGAGGAGAGUGAGAGGGAGGGACGAGGAGAGAUAGUCGCUGAGGAGGAGGCAGAAGAAGGAGAAGAGGAGGAGGAGGAGGAGGAGCAAGGAGACGACGUGGAAGGUCGAGUUUUAAGAGGUAGAACAGCGGGGAAACGACGCUGGUGCUUAAGGUAGCUGACAGUGUUGGGCGCAAUGGCGGAGGGAGUGGGAAACACUCCCGGGCAGCAGACAGUUGACUUUUCUUUGUUAGUAAAGAGGACAGCGGAGGACGCCUUCUCUUCUCUAAGAGAACUUGCAGGAAUUGCACAAGAACAAUCGGAUUCAGAAAGAAAACUUAGCUUAUUGAAGAACUUUCUUAGGACUCGCCAACGCUUGCUACGCGUGCUCUCACUUUCCAAGUGGUGCCGCCAGAUUCCUUUAGUUGAGCGCUGUCAGCAGCUGUCUGGGACCGUCUCCAAUCAUGAUACGAGUUUCACUCAGGCAGCAGACUUUCUCUUUUUCUUGCAUGAGGGCCUGCAACAGGCUCGGGCUCCUAUAUAUGAUAUUCCUACCGCAGCAGAGGUGUUGCUUACAGGACAGUAUAAUAGGCUUCCAAAAUGUAUCGAGGAACUGGGAAUGCAGCCCAUGCUUGCUGGAGAAGAGCGGGAAGAAGCUCUUCAGAAAUUGGACACUAUGCUUCGAUCAAGACUGCUAGAUAUUUCUCUUCCGAAAGAGAUCUCGGAUAUAACCGUGUCAGAAGGAAGGAUUAUCCUGCAAGUUGAUGGAGAAUUCAAGGUGCAGCUUACAGCUGGCUAUCGUGGUCAUUUACACUUGUGGAGAAUAUUACAUCUGGAGCUGCUGGUUGGAGAAAGCACGGGUCCUACGAAGUUCACGGACCAUCAACGGCUGGCUCUGGGGGAUGACUUGGAGCGCCGCAUGGCCGCUUCAGAUGAUCCUUUCAGGAUUUUGUUCUCUAUUUUGCAUGAGUUUUGCACCACUUUGGUCAUGGAUACUCUUUUCAGGCAGACAGGAAUGCUACGUCAAGGUCGCUGGAAGGAUGCUAUCCGGUUUGAAAAAAUUUCAGAAGCCUCUAAUAUCAGCCAAGGAGUAGGCAUUGGGCAGGGUACAGGUCAAGGACCUGGACCGCCAGGAGAUAGUGACCCGGAGAGGGUUGGGGCUAAGUCUCGAGGCUCACCUGGACUCAGGAUAUGGUAUUGGUUGGACUGCCCCAGAGGAAUCUCGGGUGUAGAUCCAAAUUCUCCCCCUCAUUUGAGAAUCGAACCAGGUCCAGAUCAACACAUCGUGUGUUCUCAUCAGCCUUCUGUAAUUGAUCCUACCACGGAGAGUGAAGCAGAAUUUAGCAUUGACCAAAGUUGUAUUGACGUGGAGCGAUUGCUGUUGAGGGCAAUUGCUUGUAACAUACACACCAGACUAUUGGAAGUUCAAAGAGGUUUGAAGGGAAGCAACCAGUUGUGGAGAGUGGACUGUGAUGUUGUUUUAAGAUCUUCGUUUUCCGAAGAUGGAGAAGUCAAGAGUUCUCCAUCACCGGACGAGAAUAAUAGUUCUGGAAGUUCAGGGGAAGCAGGCGAAGAAGUUCUUUGUGUACGUGCCUACGGGGACUCAUUUAUGGCUCUCGGCAUCAGCAUAAGGAAUGGUCGUUUUCUGAUUCGCUCUCCCAGCACAUUGCUGGCUAAUUCAGUUUUGGCGGAGAUGGAAGAUGCUUUGAAUCAGGGGUCAAAGGAUCCAGUCGACAUAUUCCUUAAUCUUCGAAGCAGGAGUCUCCUACAUGUGUUUGCAUCUUUAGGAACAAAUUUCAACUUGAAGAUCUACGAGAGAGGUGCCUUAGCAUUGAAGUUUCCUUCAGAUGGUCCUAAGCUAGGUCCGGACGUAUUGGUGUUGGGAUUCCCCAACUGUGGGGAGGUCUAUUUUCUGUCGUUGCAUCUUGACUCCAAUUUUAUGCCGUUCUUUAUGCUGUUGGAAGCUCAACCACGGACUCUCUCGGGGCGUUCAACUUUCUCAUCAGGUCCCAUAAACAUUAUUCGCUGCAUGAAGGUGAAUAUAGAGACAAUGCUGGUGACAGAAGAUGACGCCAGCUUCAGUCUUCUAGAUGAAGGUCGGUUGGAGUUAGAACGCCAAACGAUCUCAGCUGUGAAUGUUUCGAAAAAGGGAACUGGAAAAGAGCUUAUGGAGUUUGUUGGGAAGAAGACUGAAGUGUCAGUUCUUGAUUCUCGGGGCUUCGGAAGGAGCCUUACAGGUGGCACAGUGCUUGAGAGUGUUCAAACGGAGUUAACUGGUGAAAAGUUCUAUCGAGGAUCACCUGCAGCACAUCUCUCUAGGACGAACAAUCCGUUGUCACCUUCUUUCUCUCCUAUUCAAUCUCCAUCAGGUUUACAAGGCAUGGCUGCAAGUAACCCUCAAUAUGCAGGUUCUAAUAUCAUUAAUCAAGGACCGAACGCCGGGUUCUCACCAGGAAACUCUUCUUUAGCAGCUAGUUCGCUUCUUCAAUCUAAUCAUAGAGUUGGUCGGAUAGGGAACGGAAUUAUGGCAAGCCCUGCGAGAAGCCCAUUGCAUAGGGGUGUGACAAGCUUAAAGUCACCGUACCAAGGAGAGCAGGAUGUGUUGCAGUCCAAGUCUCCUUUGCAUGCAGGUGAGAGUGCCGCAUCACCUAUCGAUUUGGAUUACGAUGACAUUUCGAAGCUAAUAGAUUCUAUAUCUUCGAAGACCCCUGGCGUGCCCCCGGGAGCAUCUCAUACGUCUCCAGCAGGUGAACCGGUUCCCCUAGCUUCCCGACAACCUCGAGUUGGAUUGACGAGGUCUUUACCUAUGGUGAAAAGUCCAGCAAUGAAUCCAAGAACGCCUCAAACGAAAAGUUCUUCUCUCCAAGGUUUAUCAUCGGGCCGAGUAAGUGGUCAAACAGCCACUGUAUUAGCCCGCUUGAGCUCACCUCGAAAACCCCUUGGUUCUCAAGCAGGUGAACUAGCCGCAGAAUGGAUGGAUCUUGACCAAUCUUCCCAAGCUGUACAGUCGCCAUCCAUGCUUUUGUCGCCAUCAACUCGACCGGCUACUGGAGUACAAGGCCAUAGUUAUAAUCGCGGCCCACAGUCAUCGGAAAAGUUGCCAUCGGAUUUUUUCAAGCGAAAACGGUCUGGACCUGAGCUCCUGUUCUCUCUUCCUUCUAUCCAAGCAGUGGCUACAAGUGGAGAAAAGGUGAAGAGAAGAAAGACAGAGCAAGAGGGCAGCCAAUCACUUGUUGGCCAGCUUGCAGAUGUUACUUCUUUUAGAACCUUGCCAGUACUUGACUCUUUCGUUGGUCAACCUUACUCCACAAUUGUAGUUGCAGCAAAUCAGGGGAAAGCCCCAAUGGGAUCCUAUACUGCUGUUCUUCUACAAGUUGUAAGGAGAUGUUGGUUGUGUAUCAAGCAUGCCCGUCUAACGCGCCAGAUGGAUGCUCUGAACAUACCCUACGUGGAAGAAGUCGGUCUGCGGAAGCCGUCGUCUAACCUUCGGUUUCGAUUACCCUCAAGGGAGGCGAAUAGAGACUCGAAGAAGUAUGAUUCAGCUGGGUGGCAACAAAUAUGUUUGUGUUUGGGAAAACCCGGCAGCGAUGGCUGGGAAGUUGAAGUGCAAGAUGCCCACUUUAAAGCACUAUGGGAGCUUCAGUUGCAAAAGCCUUCUUCUUGGGGCUCCGGUGUGCAGUUUGCAACACUACCAGAAGAAGAUUCUCAUAUUAGCUGCACUCAGAAAGGCCUAGUGUUAAGAUACUCUGCCGUAGAGGAUGAUAGCGUGAAGAAGUUGGUGGCAGAUUUGGAGAGGUUGUGGAGUGCCCGGAUGUUUGCUGUAGGUAUCAGAAAACUUUUGGAGGAGAAGGUUGAGGAGAGGGCAGAAGGAGCACAAGAGAAGGGUGAAGGUGAGCAAGAUAAGGGACCUAGAAUCCAUGGAAGAGGUAGAUUCUCAAUUGGUGAAAGGAGCGAAGGCGGAGAGAAGAAGUGGGAGGUAAUGAGGCGUGCAUUCAGGGUUGAAGCUGUUGGGCUCACAAGUACUUGGUUUACGUAUGUGGGUUCAUUACCAGGAGUUAUGGCUCGAUUUGUUGUGGAGUGGGAAGCAGGAAACAGGGGUUGCACAGUUCACGUUUCUCCCGAACAGCUUUGGCCUCAUACCAAGUAUCUUGAAGAUUACAUAAAUGGAGGCGAAGUCGAACUUCUUUUGGAUUCGAUACGAGUCUCUGUUGGGCCUUUGCAGGCACUUGCUGCAGCCAUAAGACCAGCUCGCAUGCUGGGCCCUGCGACUAGUGCUGUUAUACCUAGCGGCUCUGUUCAGGGAGUUAUCAAUUCCGGUCUCGCAUCCAAACCUACUGGCGGUGGUUUAUUACUCGGUCAGGUGUCUUCUCCGAUUCCAAGCUCAACGACUACCGCUUCAGCUAUAGCUCAGGCUAGAUUGCCUAAUGGCUCAACCUCAGUUCUGAAUAUGGGUAAUACAGGAACAAACAUGCAAGGCUCGCAAGCUGCAGGCCUUGCCUCUGGUCCAGGAAGACCAAUUAUACCGGGAUUGGUUCCAAGCUCCUUACUCCCUACAGAUGUUUCAGUUUUGUUGAGGACUCCCUUCUGGAUCCGUAUUGUUUAUCGUAGGCAGUUUGCUAUGGAUAUGCGCUGCUUUGCCGGCGAUCAGGUUUGGUUGCAACCAGCCCCACCUCCUCGAAGUGGUGGAACUUCUGCUGGAGGUUCGCUACCCUGUCCCCAGUUUCGUCCUUUCGUCAUGGAGCAUGUCGCUAUCGGUCUUCAAACAGGUGAGACCGUUUCAGGAGCUGGUCCUCCCGGCAACCUUUCCGGGAAUGGAGUAAGUCAGACGGGUUUCGGUCCCGGUAUGUCAGCAGGUUGGGGUGGUGGAAUGAAUGCCACUGCCCCUUCAUUGCGUGGCAAUAGCAGCUCCAUGAUUGGCCCCCGAAUGGUUAAUAAUGCUAUUGUCAUGGCGCCUCGAGGUGGGACGUUGCAAGGUGGGCCUUCAAACAGUUCAGUGAUGGCAGUAAAUACAGGGCGGGUCCUGAAUAGUGGACCGAGUGCUGGUUUAAGGAGCGAAUACACAGCUAUAUUUGGGCUGGGUGAUGAUGGUGGUUAUGGAGGUGCCUGGGUACCUCUUGCAGCUCUGAAGAAGGUCCUUCGUGGAAUUCUACGUUAUCUGGGUGUUUUGUGGCUCUUUGCACAGUUUCCGACCAUACUGCGAGAAGUCCUGGGGGAGAUAUUAAAAGAGAAUGAGGGAGCUCUUUUGAAUCAUGAUCCUGAGCAACCUGCUCUUCGAUUUUACAUUGGGAAUUGUGUUUUUGCGGUCAGCAUGCACCGGCAACAGCUCUACCUACAAGCCAUCAAUGUUAAGAAGUUCCAGCAGCAGCAGAAUGCGCAUGCGCAAGGUCAAUCUGGCGGACCUGACAACGAGCUCAGCGACCCAGAGAUGGCAGAAAUUGGCGAUUUUUUUGCAAGAAGAGUUGCAUCUGAGCCAUAUGAUGCAUCUCGGCUGGCAUCAUUUGUAACCAUGCUGACGCUGCCAAUUCCAACUCUUCGCGAGUUUCUGAAGCUUAUUGCCUGGGAGAAAGAGCUGCAAAAGGCUUCAGCAAACCAAAGUCAAGGUGGGGAUGGUACUCAAACAUCUCGCCCCAAGAUAGAACUUUGCCUUGAAAAUCGAGUAGGUUCAGCUUUUUCUCCAGUGCAAGAGGAAGCAGGAGCACAAGGGACAAGCUCGACGGCAAAGAGCAGCAUUCGACACAUACGGGCUCAAAACAUUGUUGAGUUCACUCUCACUCUGUACCUAGAUGGACAUCAGUUACCACCCAUCAACGUAGCGGGGGGUGCCGGGUGGUUGCCACAAUGUGUUGCGGUUAGGUUAAGGUAUCAGUUCAGUGAACCGUCCCGAUUGUCGGUCGUGAACGUGGAAGGUAGUCAUGGUGGUCGAGCUUGUUGGGUAAGGCAGGAAGAUUGGGAGCACAGUAAAGUGGUCAUCACCAAUGCAGUAGAUCAUUAUGUACCUGGGAAUGAUCAGGGACUGGGCAGAUUACAGCCAGUUGCUGAGCUUGUUCAGAGAACUGUACAGCAGGCUGUACUAUCUCUUCGCAAAGGUGGUUUAAACGCUCCAUCUCCUAUGGCCAGUCCGUACGCUUCAUAGACCUGACUUGCAAACCUUGUAAUGUAAAGAGAGCCGUGAGUUGGAGAGACCUUUUUUUUUUAAACCAGAGGAGGCCUUUUCCGCUUCUUCAAUUGUUAGCGUUUCGAAAGAGGUAGAUUACAGGGGUUCGGUCGUCAACCAGGUUAGCUACCUGAAAUGAGUCCCCUGAUGGGAGUCAAGUGGUGUAUAUUUCACUUGACUUUCCUGACAAAUUCACAAUCAAUUUUGCUGGCGUAUACUGUCGAAUCUACGGCAGUCUGUCUCUGAGUUUAGGCAUGCAUUGAUGACUUAGAAGCCUUAUCAUUGAUUUAAACCUUCCCUUAGGAAAUGAAGCAGGACAGAAUCAACUGUGUAGAGCUGCUGUGUCAGGAGCUCUAAAUUGUCAAUAGGGCCGAGUAGACUUUCUUUCUUAGGGUUGUAUAGGAAGAAAUGCCCUGAGAGCAAUAUAAUUUUAUUCUACUGAAUUGACUCCCCUCGUGGACAGAGGAGCUUUUUGAGCACCCGAGCCGUUCUUGUCAUUCGUGUACUCGUUACACCUCACAUGAUUGAGGCGCUAGCAACAUCAUCAUUCUUAAGUUCGGACGAGCACGGUUGAACCCGACAGUUUUCUAACACGGAAAGUAGUUCUCAAGCUGUGCCC